AUGUCAAACAGUGAGGGGAUGAGCGGUGACAAAAUGAAAGUGGUGGGCCGCCUCUCCCGAGCGGCGGAGGCCAAACGACGGGUGACAGACGGCCAGGACAUGCUGACCUCCAUGACACAGAUGGUGGCCUGCACCCAGGACAUCCAGCAGAGAUACCGCAGCAUCCUGGGGCCACUGUCCCUCUUCUUCCAGUCCAAACCCGAGGGAGAGAAGAGGGCAGACAGGGUCCAGGAGGAGAGGCCAGUGUCCCCGUCGGUGUCAGAGGGGGUGAAGACCAACCCCACCUCCCUGGCCGACAUGUGUCAGCAGCUGCAGUACAGGAUCCAGGAGCAUUCCGUGCUCCACUCCACCCCUGUGGAGGAUCAGCAAGCUCUGGUGGCGGUGAUGACAUCAGAGCUGGGCCUGAUCUGGCAGGACCUGAAGGGGCUGAUGGACGAGCCCACGUUGAACCAGGAGGAGAACAUGCAGCUGCAGGCGGAGACGUGCCAGGAGGUGCUCCGCAUCUGCCAGGAGCUCUACCUCAACUAUCUCCACCUGCUGGACAGGCUGAGGCGCCGCGCCGUCUUCAGUGACCAGGCCAACCGCAGCCGCCUGGGGGCCCAGAUGUCCAUAGACUGCACCAGCCUUUUAAACGUCCACUCGAUCAGACGCAGCGUAGCGGCAGGGAUCAAGGUUACGCGGAGAGCCCGGCUGAGUGCUGAGAGACCCAGAGCUGCCGGACGCGACCUGGAGGGGGCGAUGGAGACACACACAGCGCUGCCAUGCAAACUGGACUUUGGUCUGACUCUGCAGACCAAGGCUGGCUGCAAGAAGAGUGGUGCCAUCAGGCAGGGCAAAAACCCUAUGGAGAGGGACCUCCGAGAGAUGACUGAGAAGAUGGGGGACAUGGACCUGGAGCAGGUCUAUGACCUGAUGCCCUGCCACCUGGAGCUGAUCACCAACAAAGAUGCAGCGCGGGCCAGCUUGGCCAAUGUUUCACAGUCAGAUGAGAAACCCAGCAUGUAUUACCAUGGUUACACCAGACUAAAGGGGUGUAGUUCCAUGCCAGACCUGCAGAGGGAGACUCUCCUGGAGGAGCUGGAGAUGGAGGCCCUGCCUGCCAGACCCCAGUCCCCCCUGGUACUGCUGGCCACUGGGCCCUGCUCCAGGAUCGAGAAGCCCAUUGACCCUGCCCACGACCUCAGGAGGUUGCUACAGGACAGAGUGAUUGUGGAUCAGGCUGUGACAGACUCUGACACAGACCUCCCUCCUCUGAUCAAGGCCCUGGCGUGGAGAAGUUCCACCAAACUACAACAGCUCACACACACUCUGCAGAAACAGGAAGAGGAGGGGGAGAAGAGGGAGAGGUACAGGGUGCCAGUGGAGGAACCGGAGCACCCCCAGGGAGCUGUGGAGAACGUAGCCCUGUCCCACGGCUCUCUAGCCCGCACAGCCGCUGCCCGCGUCUCAGACAGGGUUCUCCGCGACACCAUCAACAUCCACACGUACCCACCCGUCUACAACUACCUCACCAAAGAACUUGAACUCUCCUCAGUGCAAUGGCUGGAUCGUAACCUGUUUGCCGGGGAAGAAAUAAAGGAAGUCUAUAAGGAGUUAUCCAAAAGUAAAUCUACACAGUAUCUCAACUUCGAUGAGGACCCCAUGAUAGAGCCAGCCCUGACCAACAUCAGAUGGAGUCUGAAGAAGAAGAACCACCAGAGGUUCAUCAACCCACAGCUGAAGAGACAGAACACCAACGCCAUGUCCCACAGGAAAAGGACCGAGAUCCCAGCGGACCAUAAGAAACCGGAAGACCAGAAUUCCCGGGCCUACACGGCAUGGCUGCAGUGGUGGAAGACAGACCUCUCAGUCGAGGACUACCUCCGAUACAUCACCAAUCAGGACUCUGACUACCUGUGGGCGGCGUUCCACUUGUACGAUAGUGGCGAUAGUGACGAUGAGGAGGACGAGAGGAGGAGACUGCUCCAGCUACGACGAGACGAGAGGAAGAAGAGGCGGAGGCAGAAGAUGGAGGCUCUAAAGGGUCAGAAGCAGGAGUACGUGACAGGGGUGUGGAACGUCAACACGGUGCUGCUGGGAGGGCUGUGGAAGGAACCCCAUCUGGAGGAGGAGGAAGAGAGCCCAGAUGAAGAAAUAACUAGCCCUAAACAGAAGGCCUAUAAGAGGACAGUGAGUGUGGGGAGCAAGGAGGCCAGUCAAGGGGGGGUGAUGGGAGAGGGGGACCAGGUCCAGAGCAGGCUGGAGAGGAUCUGGACACUCCUCUGCCUGCCCGACACCUACAGACUGGACAUGGCCAUCAAGUACAGCUCCCACGCACGCAGGGACCAGCUGGAGGAGGCCAUGGCAGCAUGGGCACGCGCUGCCCGUCUCAUCCAGCAGAGGGAGUCUCUGCUGGCUCGUCUGGAGCUGUUUGAGAGGGACGCUUCUGACCCCAACCGCUUCUUCCUGCAAGGCUACCGAGGCACCUCUCUAGCCAGGAUGAAUGAGUCCAAGCACCGGAGCAAACUCAACUCCCAGAUCUGUUCUCUGGAGAAGGUGUUGUCUAAGAUUCUCCACCACAUUACAGACAGCUUCCAUGACACUGUCACCUACAAGGGAAGGCCGUACAGGGAGAAGAUGCGCUGGGACCGCAUCGAGAUGCUCUACUGGCUGCAGCAGGAGCGCCGGGUCCAGGCUCUAGAGAGGGUGGUGGAGGGGAGGGGCUCUCUCCCCACCAGACUGCCCCCCCUCAACCCCAAACUUCGUCUGUACCCGGGCACCCACCCCACCCCCCAAGGACACACCCCGACCCUCAGCCAGAGACCCCACCCUCACACACAGCCGCUCCAACCCAACCCAGCCGAGCUCAGUGUAUCCAGUAUAAGUUUGAACGUUGUAAGCAAAUGA